AGGGUCCAUCCUGUCACAUAGGGUCCAUCCUAGGGCAUCAGGCUGAUCCUGACACAUAGGGCCUGUCCCAGUGCAUAGAGUCCAUCCUGGUAUGCCACAUCUGUCGCAGCAUGUAGGCUCUGUCCCAGCAUCUAGGAUCUGACCCAUCGUGUAGGAUCUGACUUGGUGCCACAUGUGUGUCCCCACCCUGUACUGGCCUCAGCUCAACCUUGGUCCUGUAGAGCUCCGUGUACAGCCUCGUGGCCAGCCGGUCUCUGCAGCCUUUCCCUGGCAGACCGGGAGCUCACUGGACACAGAGCAGCAUUGGUGCACCCUGUGGGCUGAGCUGGGCUGAAACCACAGGGCCUCAUCCUGUGGCCCUGGCAUGGCGCACCUGCUGGGCAGCCCCACCUGCAUGGACAGCCUGAGGGCCGACAUCACAGACUUGCAAGGAGCCAUCACUGAUGUUUUCUCCCGGGCUGGGGCUGUUCGUUACCCUUCCUGGAAGUUCCCCGAUAAAGUAUCCUGCGAGCUGGACCUGGCAGAGCUGCUGGAGCAUUACGACUAUGUGGAGAAUGACCUCGAGUUCACCCAGCAUUCCCAUGUGGUGCUGCUGGAGCUGGUGAUCGACAGGCUGCUCCUGCUGCUUCAGAGCUUCACAAGCUAUGCAGAAAACCUGUUCAGUGAGAAAGCCAUUCCCCCGGUGCGGCCAGUGGGACCCUGCAUGUCGGUGGGGCUGACAGUGCGGAAGUACUGGAACAGCAUGCUGAAACUGGGAGCCCUCUACCAGCAGCUCCUGAUCGAGAAGAAGACUUGCAGAAAAGACAUCCCCACACUGAAAUCUACCCCUGAGGGUAUGAAAACUGAGAAGGAGUGUUUGAAGAGCUGUUCACCUACAGUUUCAGAGUUAACUUCAUCUAUAGAUGUUGCCCAGUCAACCUGUUUGUGCCUGUUGCAGAGUGUCAGUGUGCCAGACUGCAGCACCUCUGGCAGCUCACUGGCCAGGUCUGCAUGUGGCAUCGGAGAAAACAGGCGCAGCAUCCCCACUCAGACAAGUGAGUCAUCUCUGGUACUCUGUGACUUGUGUGCUAGUGCACAAGCCAGCCUUUGGGAAGUCAGUAAAGCCAUCACCAGUAUCUGCCAGAGUCAGAACAUUCCCUCGGCUCUGGGCAGAUUCCAUGAAACAUUCAAGGAGACCAUGGGCAGAAGAACCCUCUCUGCAAUGGACAUGAGUUACUGGGCCUCAGAACAAAGCAAGGACCUCUCCCGGAUCAGCAAACAUCUCCACAUGCUUCUGCAGCUGAUAAACCCUCUGAAGUCAAAGCUGGAAGAAGCAGAGAAACAGAAGGAUGAGCUGCGGAAGCAGGUUGAGGAAUUUGCCAAGUUGCUUCAGGAGGAGAAGAAAACUCAAGAACAGCAGAGGAAGGAGGCUGAGCAGUCUCUGGAGGCAAAGAAGAAAGAGUAUUUGGAGGCUGUAGCCAAACUGGAGCAGGACAAAGAGGACCUACGGAGAGGAGCUGCUCUGCUGGAAGAGCGAAUCUCUACCUUAAAGGAAGAGCUGGCUGCUAAGCAAACUACUCUGCAGGAACUGGAGGUGACCAAGAAGACCCUGCUGGAGGACAUGAGAACCAAAAUGGUGGCCAAGAGCCAGGUGCUGGAGCUGGAAGAGAAGAUACAACUGCUCACUGGCCAGCAGGAAGGCAUGGGCCAGGAGCUGAGUGCCAUCACCACCCAGCUAGAGAAGGAGAAGGCCAAAGUGGAGAGUAUGCUGAGGCACGAGGAGUCGCUCCAGGCCAAGCAAAGAGCUCUGCUGCAGCAGCUGGACAGCCUGGACGAGGAGUGCGAGUUGCUGCGAGCCAGUCUGGGAGAAGCAGAGGAGGACAAGGUCAGGCUGGAAGAGCAGCUGAAGGAGAGCCAGGACAAGUGGGAGCAGAGCAGGUGCCAGCUAGAGGCACAACAGAAGCUGCUGGACACCCUGCAGUGGGAGAAGCUGGGCCUGGAGCAGUCCAUCUCUGAGCUACGCACAAACAUUUCUGGCCUGGAGGAGCUGGUCCGGGAGCUGAAGGAGCGGGAAAGGCUGCUGGUGUCCUUCCCGGAGCUCCACGUCCCUGUUGAGACACAGUUUGAGAGCACUGGGAAUUUCACUGAGGACAUGGAGAAGCAGCUGCAGGCCAACAACAUCAGGCUCAGCAUCCUGGAGCAGGAGAAUGCACGGCUCAGGGCUGCACUAGCCAAGGUGAAGGCGGCAGCUCAGCAGGGAGUAUUGAAGCUCGUCCCACAGACCCAGCUGUGGACCCAGCUCGGCAGCCAGUGUGGUGGGGAGGCUGGCACGCAAGUUCUCCGUGGGCCAGCUGCAGGGCCCCCAAGCAGCCACAGCAGCAGGGAUGAUGCAGGGGCACACAGAGCCGCAGGCAAGACCCACCAGAGACCUCCCAGCAGCCAGCCAACAAAGUCACCCUCUGCAGACUCCAUGUGUAAGGCCAGUCUGUGCCUCUCACCCGAAGCCGGGAGCCUGGUACUUGGCACCCACAGCAAGCCAAGAGGGAGAGGCAGCGCUGCCAGAGCAUACAGCCUCUCCUCUCCCAGCACCAGGAGCCACCAGAAAUAGAAGCUUUAGAGACUUAACACAGAAAUGAUGCUUUUGAUGAGCUAAGCGAAGCUGCCUACCGUUCCCCUCAGGACCUUGUUAUCUGUUUGUGCAAACAGGAAGGUACGUUCUGUUGGGCAAUCCGGGCCCAUCUUCCCUUCACCUGCUCCCAGCAGGGCUGGGCUGGGGGGAGCGAGCAGGGCCACUUCAAGCCCCAGUGUGUAGGAGCAGAGGGACCCUUUCUUCACUGGCUCCCACACAGGAGGGCACCCUUUGUGUCUGUACCACCCAACCCUGCCCAGCUGCCAGUGCCAUCGCUGCAGCAUGUAACCCGGGGAUCACAGCAGGCAGAGUGGCCUGGAAAGGCAGCAUGCCUGAUGAACGGCAGCACAUGGCAGGCUCAGGAACCAGCACAGUGCUGGCUUGGGAGAGAGUCCCCAGAGCAGGCAGGGGGGCCCGCUCACGGCAGGCUUCCGGCUCUUCCUUCACUGUUUUCUGCGGGACGAUUGCUGUAAUGAAUGUGCUCAUGCAGUUUCCCCUGUUGUCUCUCUCGGUUGGGCAACGCUGUGGCUUGUGAUAAAACACAGGCCAGCAGGGCUCUGC